GUUGUGUUCAUUGCAAUUCCUUUUGUGUGAUAUGAUGUACAGUAUUAGGUUGGAGGCCAUCGCAAUUAGGUUGUAUGUAAGAUUGCAGCCGGCAACUCGCAGCAGUUUGAGAUAGACGUGAAGAAGCGGCCUGAUGGAAGGUGGAUACACAGCAAGCCUUCAAAGCCAAUCAGCUGCGGGAAAAGGUGGAGAUGAGCCACCCCAAUGGAGAUUGGCACAUGCUUGCGGUCCGCAGUGGGUGUCUGGUGAGGAAUGCGCGUUUCGCAUUUGGGCCCCUCAUGGAGAGGAUGUAGUUGUGGAGCUCCAAAGAGAAAAAGGGGACCCGCAGGAGGUUCGACUUGUUCGUGAAGGUGAUUUCUGGGUGGGUCAAUCGGCUUGCUCACCAGGCGACCGAUACAGGAUAGCCAUGGGUUCCAGCUGGAAUGAUUGCUUCAACCAGGAGGGAGCUCGCCUGUUUCGACGGGACCCAUGUGCUCGUGAAUGUGACUUCAACUCGGCAUGGUGCAUUCUUCAUCCGCCGCUCAAGCCUCCACCCCCCUUUGCAGCACCGAAUUUCAACGAGCUGGUUGUGUAUGAGCUUCAUAUUGGAAGCUUUGUCUCUGAAGCAGAUGAAAAACGAGCCUUUGCUGCUACCACCGAGAAGCUGGAGCACAUUUCUUCACUAGGUUUCAAUUGCAUUCAAUUUAUGCCGACAGCCGAAUUUGGCGGCAUUUGGGGGUACAACUCUCGGCAGCUUUUAGCUACGCAUGGGCCUUGGGGCUCAGCAGCGGACAUGCGAAUCAUGGUUGAGCGGGCGCACAGCCUUGGCAUGGCGGUGCUUUUCGAUGUGGUGUUGAAUCAUGGCUCAUCGAAGAUGAACGUGCUGUGGAAUUGGGAUGGCUUCGGACCUGACAAUUGCGGAGGCAUUUUCUUCGAAGGGGAGAAAGAUACGCCAUGGGGCAAGCGCUUUGCCUUCCACAAGGCAGAGGUACAGGACUACUUGAAGCAGGCCUGCCGCACCUGGAUUGAGGAGUACGGCGUUGAUGGAUUGCGCUUUGAUUCCGUGCACAAUAUGCCUUGGUGGCUUCUUCAGCAGAUGACACACGAAAUCAAGGCGCACUACCCAAACAAGAUCCUCAUCGCCGAAAUCACUCCGGAAAACCCCAAGGUUCUCCACGAUGCCGGGUUUCAUUCAUGCUGGCUUCACGCAACCCACUUUGAUUCUGUGAAGAUCAUGAAAGGAUCAGAUGGUGGAGGAGACCCGAAUAAGCGAAUUGGAAUGCUGAAGAACAUGGUGGCGCCUCAUGGCUUUGGAAACCUCGGCGUGCACUCUGUGCUUGGCUCGCACGACCAAAUUGGAGAUCGGCAUGGCGGUAAGCAAGAUGGGCAUGGCACUCAUCGCUACUAUGUCAGCCGAUUGGGUGGGAAAGGAAAUUGGCAUGCACGAGCGCAAACACGAGCUUGGUUUGGCUUCCAGAAUUGCUGCAAAGGCCUGCCAAUGACCUUCAUGGGCACCGAGAACUUGCAAGAAGACUGGUGGCACGUUGACAGUCAUCAUCGCAUGAAUUGGGGCCUGCUAGAAGGCGCAGACCCACAAACAAUGGAGAUGCGUGCCUUUGUCACUGCGUCAAACAAGCUGCGCACAUCUUGCGCAGCCUUAACCAGAGACGAGAUUAAGUUCGUGCAUGAGGACGGCAACAACACCAUUUUGGCGUUCAUGCGAUGGACUCAGGACGUGGCUGCACUUUGCAUUGCCCAUUUUGCGGAGUCACAAUGGGAAAGUGACAGCUAUGGCGUGAGUACUGGUUGGGGAGGAGGCCGCGUUUGGAAGUUAGCACUGAGCUCCCAGUCGCAGGAGUUCGGCGGCUGGACUGGAAGCAGCACUCCUGAGGCGAAGGCUGAUGACUCGGGGAAAAUCAUGAUCAACAUUCCAAAGUGGUCAAUAUUGGUUUACCUUUCAUCCAACUGAGAGGGCGCCAGCAUCCCCGCAGUUCGCGCCUUUGUUUCCCUGCUAAAAUGAAGAGACCAGACAAUGGGGAGAGUGCAGGAAAGGGAUAUGACGGGAUGUGUUUCUCCAAUUGCAA